GUUAAAUGUAUUAACCAUUAAGAGGCAUGGAACAAUUCCAUGGUAUGAGUGAUGGAAAUAUAAACAUAAGUGAUGUCAUUGAAGUCAUCCAAACUACAGAUCCUGGAUUUGUGGAGUCUACUGAAAGGGAGGCUCUACCACCAGUGGAAAUGAACACUGGUAGGGUAUUGCCAUAUGUUGAGAUAAUAGAGCAGCCAGCUAGCAAAGCUUUACGCUUUCGCUAUGAAUGUGAAGGCAGAUCUGCUGGUAGUAUACCUGGUGUAAACAGUACACCAGAAAAUAAAACAUUUCCUAGUAUAAGAAUAAUGGGAUACAAAGGCCGUGCUGUAGUUGUAGUAUCAUGUGUAACAAAAGAUCAACCGCAUAGACCUCAUCCUCACAAUCUUGUUGGAAAGGAAGCAUGUAAAAGAGGUGUUUGUACAGUAGAAGUUUCAUCAGAGAAUAUGACGGUGACAUUUGCAAAUCUUGGUAUUCAGUGUGUUAAGAAAAAAGACAUUGAAGAGGCACUUAGAGUACGAGAAGAGAUUCGUGUAGAUCCUUUUCGAACUGGCUUCGAACAUAAACGACAGCCUACUAGCAUUGAUCUAAAUGCAGUGAGAUUGUGUUUCCAAGUUUUCCUAGAAGGAUCACAGAAAGGAAAGUUCAAUUUACCAUUACCACCGGUUGUAUCUGAUCCUAUAUUUGAUAAAAAAGCAAUGUCAGACCUUGUAAUAUGCAAGCUCAGUCAUUGUAGUGCUUCAGUGGCUGGUGGUAUGGAAAUGAUUUUAUUAUGUGAAAAAGUUGCAAAAGAAGAUAUACAAGUUAGAUUUUUUGAAGAGAAGGAUGGACAAAUGGUUUGGGAAGGAUUUGGUGAUUUUCAGCCUACUCAUGUACAUAAACAAACAGCAAUCGCGUUCAGAACACCCACGUAUCGUAUACAACAAGUGGAUCAACCUGUGCAAGUAUACAUUCAACUCAAGAGACCAUCGGAUGGCGCAACAAGUGAACCAUUACCGUUUCAGAUGUUGCCACUUGGUGCAGAUGAUCCUGAUUCGUUAAGGCGAAAGCGACAAAAGUUUAAUAACAGUCCAAACGCGCUAGUUUUGAGGCAUGUACAGGCAGAAGCUGAGAAGCAUGCUGGAAUGUUGAAUCCACAACCGAUUCAAUACAAUUUUAACAUUAUUAAACCAGAACCAAUAGACAGGAUAUCUCCAUAUGGUGGUCCAGUAACAAGUGGAGGAUCCUUUCCACUCUAUUCCAUGGGGACAAAUUCGCCACAGUCGACAAUACAAACAUUAAGGCCUCAAGUAUCUCCAGGUCGUACACCAUCGCCUAUGGAAUAUAAUCCUUAUAACUCGCAUCUUAUUCAACCGCAAUUAUCGCCUCAAUAUCAGCCAACAAGUAGUCAUGUAGUACAGCAACAACCAUCAGCUGUAACACGCAUACAACAUUUUCCAUACGUACAUGAUACGUUACCAGGACAGCCACAAGAACAAUUGAUAUUAAACAGAGUGACAUCGAAUUAUCAGGAAUUACAAGCGUUAGACAAUGCUGCAGGUGGAGUAGGAGGAACAGAUGUCACAAGCGUUUUAGACAUGGACAGUCAACAGUAUAGCUUCGACUUAAGUCUGAAUCAACUUGAUUCGGCAGAAUUGGCUGCUUUUGGUACCGCUCUCUCCGAAAACUUAUCCAGCGGAUUGUCCAUCUCGGAUUCCAAUAAGCCCGAAACGAGCAAAGGGAUAAACCAAGAGGCGAGUACCGUAGGAGAAAGCAGUAAUAUGACGGACAGUUUUACGAGAAUAACGAACAGUACCAUUCAAGAACUCUGCACUUUAAACAGCAUGUACAAACCAACACGGCAAAUUGAUUUUUUGUAUGUAUUGUAUACUAUGAACGCUAAAGUACUCAUUUUUGCUCAGGCACCUGUACUUUAA